GGCAUCAGCCCAAGCCAAAGCCGUCAGUGAGCGCUCACUGGAGACAACUCUUCCCACUAAACCAAUCGCUGCCAGCGGCGGGCGGGCUUAUCCGACCCCCGUCUUUUCCCUCACGUUACGGAGGAAGUUUCAGUUCUCACUGAGGAGACGGGCUUAUCUUUAUUACCUCUCUCGACGCGGAAAAGGGUCGUCUUUUUAUUCCCGGACGACAAGGCGAGAGAUCCCUCGCAGUGCGCCCGCUCCCACGUGAAUGAGUCGGCCUGCGUUGAGCGACCCCCCCCCGCCCGCCGCCGCUCUCUGGAUCCGCCGCCCAGCACCAUGUCAUUUGUGAAUGGUGAGACCUGAUCGCAGAGGGGUAGUUUUUCCCCUCUCUCUACCCCCUGAACGUCUCCCAUCCUGGCGAACUUUCCACCCAACCUCGACUGCCGUGCGCCCACCCCGAGCCCAGGGGUUGAGAACCUGUCAUCGGACUCAAUGGGAGACAGCAAGAGAAUUAUUUAUCGUCUUCUCUCUCCCGAGAUCUGCUCGUAGACCCCGCGCUAGGAUUGUUUUCAUGUGUCGCUUGGAGCCGUUGGACAAAUCGUGUGUAUUUUACUGGGACUAUUCGCGAUGGCACAUUUCCCUUUGUACUUGAACUCCGCAAUGCUGGUGUUGUUCAGCUGUGAAUUCCGCCUGGUGACAGCAACUGACAGACCACCAGCUCCUGUCAAUGUCACGGUCAGUCACCUGAAGGCCAACUCAGCCAGUGUGUCCUGGGAUGUUCCUGAAGGAGAUGUUAUCAUUGGUUAUGCAAUAUCACAGCUGCGAAAAGAUGGUCAGAUGCAAAGAUCAAUCCGUGAAGUGAAUACAACAAACCGAGCCUGUGUGCUUUGGGACUUAGAGGAAGACACGGAAUAUGUAAUCCAAGUUCAAUCGAUUGGUCUGAAUGGGGAAAGUCGUGCCAGCAAGCGUGUCCAAUUCAGAACUCUAAAAGAAACUGAUUGGGUGCCAUCAAAUAGCUCGAACAAAGAUGAUCCGACAGUACAGGAAAUGAAUAGGAACAUGCCAUUACAGACGGGAGAAAUGAUCAUUAUUGUGACCGUUCUGAUUAUGUGGGCAGCUGUCAUCGCGCUCUUCUGCAGACAAUAUGACAUCAUUAAAGACAAUGACUCAAACAACAACAAGGAAAAGGCCAAGCCCUCAUCAGAACACAGCACCCCAGAGCGCCCAACGGGUGGAUUACUGCGCAGUAAGUUCCAAAAUAACACACCAGCCAUUAACAUCAUUGAAGUUUGACUGCUACGCGAUUGCACUGUAGAUGGAGCAACAGCACAGCUGACUGAAGGAACGUUGACUAAAUCUUAUUUAUCCAUACUUUGCAUUUUAACACCACUUCUUUAUGCCUGAAAGCAUGUCGUAGCCAAAAGUUUCUUCGCUCAGAGACAUCUGCAUGGGAACUGAAGCCAUGCAUGUUGGAAUACUUCUUCAGUACAAAGGACCAUCAAAGAUGACCUGUGCAGAUAUUGUCCAAGGCCCAGUGACUUGCAGUAACAACCUGACUCCAACGUUUGCUCUGCCGGCUUCAGAGCCCCACUCCUUGAUAAUCCAGAUCCGAUUUGCUGGCCUGCCAAUUCUCAGAUCUGUUCUUUCCUUGUUAAGCAGCAGUGGAUUGCCAGAAAGGUUAGGUUGGGGACACAACAACAGAAAUGGUGAGAUAACACAGCUCCAAUCUGCAGGUGAUUCCCAUAUACCCGCUGGAAUGAAAAAGUGAGAGAGUGCUAGCCAGAUAUGGCUGAGGAUAAAUUUCGAGAUUUAAAAAAUGUGCCCAUGUUAUUUAAAUUAAUCAUAUUUUUUUCCAAUCUGAUUCAAGAACUUCAGAUAAGAUUCAUAUGUCAGUCAACACAGAAGAUGUUGUCUCUGGUCAAUAUUGAUAUUAUAUAAAUUUAGAGCUUCUUUUUCAAUUGCUGUAGGAUUCAAUGCACACACAAAUCCAAACACAUGUAUAUGUUACCUGAAGAAUUGAUUCCACCUUACUUACUUUCACUUAAAUAACAUUUUUAAUUUCAUUAACAUUAAGCCCAUUAUGUUGAUUGGUAAUAUUCCCAAAAGAGAGAUUAACCACAAAAGAGAAACAAAUCUCUCUUAAUUAAUGGAGUAGGGCUUUCAUUUAUACCAUGGUUAGCAAUUGAUAUUACUGUAUUAAUUACAAUGUAACAUUCUGUGUAAUAAUAUGAUUGUAAUUAGAAAUAGUAGAAUUGACUGAGAAAAAUGUUACCAAUUUCUGAAUUUUCGAAGAAUUUGCUGCUUUAAAUUUAAAGAGGAAAUCUACUGUUCUGUUCAAAUGUUUCUCUAUGGAAGUGGAUUUAUUUUAAUUUUGAUUGCAGAGCCAAAGACAGCAGCAUCCUUUGCAAGGGAUGAAAUGCCUGAUAAUGAGAAUUGUUUUAUAUGCCAUGCCUGUGGAAUAAUGGAAAGCGGUAUGAAUGGUAUUUCAAAGUGAUAUUACUUUUCUAAAUGUUAACAAUUACAAUGAAUUAAUAUGCAAGCUGAACAAAGUAUUUCUUUGGCCUCUUAUUUCCUUUUGUCGUUUACCUACAACUGUACUGUUCUGUGAUAAAGAGGAAUAUUGAGACAAUGUUAACGAUUGUGAUGAGAAGGUUAUUGGUUACCUUGGAAUAGUCCUGUGAUUAUUUUAUUUCCCCGCUUCCCCGCCAAAAUGAAAAUGUUUACCUGCUAAUUAAGUAGUUCCACUUGACAGUAUGGCCAACAUCAGAAUAAUACGUGCAUAUUCAUUUUUUAAGACUUUUUGAAUCUUAGUCAGUGCGUUAAGCCAUCUAUAAACAUUGCCAAGAAAUACCAGAACUGUUUAUAUCCCAAUGUACAAAAGCAGCACAAUUUAUAUGUAUAACAAGGCUGUCCUGUGGAUUACUUUGUCCUUCAGUUAGUGCCUACCACAAUAUGUAUUGCCAGAUGAGAAGAAAUGUUUUUUCUUCCACAUUAACAGCAGAAAGGUAUUAUGCAAGGGUUUGUGUUACUGCUUGCAAAGCAAUGAGAUUUCAAAGUGCAUUUUCAUGAAAUCAAUGUCCCUUUAAAGUUUGUUCAAUCUUUACUGAUGUGUUAAUCUAUUGCUGAUGGGCAUGCCAACCACCUUGUUAAUGGUGGGUCCACUGCUGAUAAAUUCAGAAACACUUCAGGCAACGCACAAAGGAACACAUUAUAAACAAACUGCAGUUGUAUUCAAGGGUAGAAGGCAAGAGGAAGGGGAACAUGGCUGGUAUGAGUGGGGCUGACAAAGUGAAUUGAGGAGAGGACAAUUGAUCAGUAGUCCAUGAUCUUGGAACCUACAACUGCCAGACAUGCAGGUAGGAGUUGUCAUUGAGUCAGGUCUUGUUUAUUGUUUGGGAGUGGGCAGGUAGUCACUGACUUGAUGGGGCAGGGGAGAUGUGAUCACCAGUUGGGAGCAAUUUGGAAGAGGUUUGCGAGUCAAAUGGAUGGUGGCUGAGUUACAGACUUGCAACAUGCAGUCUAUGGUCAGGUGCUGAGAUUUGGUUCUGAGCUUCAUGAGCUUGGUGCGAAGAGGUUGAGUGAUUGGGACCUGGGGGACAGGAUAUGAGGGAGUGGAGGGCGAAGCUGGGUGAACUUGGGAAAGGAGUUGUGAUUGCCUUUGAGAGUUGUUGGGUACAGAAACCUGAGGGGAAAAAGGUGAAGUAAAUGAAUUAAAAUGAAACUGGCAGAGUUACCAGUUAGGAGGCCUCAUUUAAAUUGCACUAAUAUAUUGCACACAGCACGACGAACAUUAGUGAUGCUAAAUGUGACAAACAAAAAGCAUUCAACAGAAUAACAUGAACUCAUUUCUCCUUCAUGGAGAGUGACGUCACUAUGUGUGCACCUGAUUUGUGACAGGGAGUGCCCGAUUAAUUUCUGGUGAAUUAUUCACCUGGAAUACAUCAAUUAAUUGAUUUUCACACACAGCAUUGAAGACGCAAUACUCUGUAAUUGAAUUUCUAACAUAUUUCUGUGUUACUACCCUUUGUGCCAACUUUAACUGAGGUGUUAAGUUAUUUAAACCGGGUCAAUUAAUGCCCCAUAAAAAGAAGCAGAGUGUGGAGGUGUGCUGAAAUGUAAUAAAUGAAUAACCUGCCCAACCUAAUUUAAAGACAAGCAGUUCUCAUUGAAAGCAGCAUUGCACUGAAAUUAUUGCAUAAUAGGAUCAAUUGGAUAAUCUCUGUAAACGAGAUUACUGCUCUCUUCAGUAUUUCCAACCUUUUAAAAAAAAACUUUCCCAAAGGUGAAAUUGAAGGAAUUCCCACCUCCUUUCCCCACCAGAAUUUGCAGAUAACACAAAGCUGGGUGGCAUUGUGAACUGUGAGGAGGAUGCUAUGAGGAUGCAGCGUGACUUGGACAGUUCGGAUGAGUGGGCAGAUGCAUGGGAGAUGCAGUAUAAUGUGGAUAUAUGUGCGGUUAUCCACUUUGGAGGCAUGAACGGGAAGGCAGAUUAUUAUCUGAAUGGUGUCAAGUUAGGAAAAGGGGAAGUACAACGAGAACUGGGUGUCCUAGUUCAUCAGUCAAGUAAGCAUACAGAUACAACAGGCAGUGAAGAAAGCUAAUAGCAUGUUGGCCUUCAUAAAGAGAGGAGUUGAGUAGAGGAGCAAAGAGGUCCUUCUGCAGUUGUACAUGAUCCUGGUGAGACCACACCUGGAGUAUUGUGUGCAAUUUUGAUCUCCUAAUUUAAGGAAGGACAUUCUUGCUAUUGGGGGAGUGCAGCGUAGGUUCACGAGGUUACUUCACAAAGUUCACGGGAUGGCGGGACUGUCAUAUGAUGAAAGACUGGCGUCACUGGGCUUGUAUUCACUGGAAUUUAGAAGGAUGAGAGUGAUAUUAUAGAAACAUAUAAAAUUAUUAAGGGAUUGGACACGCUAGAUGCAGGAAACAUGUUCCCGGUGUUGGCCACAGUUUAAGAAUAAGGGGUAGGCCAUUUAGAACUGAGAUGAGGAAAAACCUUUUCACACAGAGUUGUGAAUUUGUGGAAUUCUCUGCCUCGGAAGGCAGCGGAGGCCGAUUUACUGGAUGCAUUCAAAAGAGCGUUGGAUAGAGCUCUUAGGGCUAGCGGAAUCAAGGGGUUUAAGGAGAAGGCAGGAACAGGCUUCUACACGAUUGUAGAUGAUCAGCCAUGUUCACAUUGAAUGGCAGUGCUGGCUCGAAGGGCCGAAUGGCCUACUCCUGCACCUAUUGUCUAUGUAUAAUUAGAUAAUAGUAUUCUCAGAACUGAAAGAUCUGCAAAGGGCUAAUCAGACCCCAAUAUUUCUUGAGCUGUUUAUUUCUCAUAUAUCAGAAAUACCUUCCCUCAGAAUUUACUUCUUUUACAGUAAUAUAUUGAAAUUUGCAACUUUUCUUGGUUGGAAAGAUAAAGUAUAUGAAGGGCAAACAUGUUUACUACCCAAUGGUAUGAAUGUUGAAUUCUCCAAUUUUAGCUAACAAAACUACACUCACACUCCUUUCUUCCCCCACCCUCUCUUUCUUUCUUCCUCCCUCCCUCCCCCUCCGAGUUUCUCCAAUACAGUGUCUUUUUUCAUUGCUUACUAAUUGGAUUACUCAUGAAUACAUUUGAUGUAGAAGCUGGGUCAGAAACCCAACAAAAAUGUGAGAGCACAAAGUUUGAGUAAAACAGAACCAAUUCAAUGUGAAACCAUUCCAAGUGCAGGCAACAGACUCAUUUAAGCAUUAUAUUCACUCGCCAAUGAUCUGAGAGCUACUCUCUGAGGAAUUAAAUUCCAGCACGAGUCACUGCUUUCAGGAUGGAGGAAGCGAAACGGGAAAUUGGUAGGAAAAUGAAGACAAAUAGCAUAGAGAUUAACAAAAUUACUAAAUGAAAAGAAAUAUGUGCACUAUAAGGAGAAGGUUAAAGUGAAAUAAAGAAAGUAAAUCUAUAAAAUAUUUUAAUAAUAUCAUCACACACUAUCACAAUCCAAUACUGUAGUUAACUUUUUUUUUUAAUGCAAAUGGUGUUUUGAAGGAAACCACUAACAUAUAUGUUGUCAAUUAUUUUGUCCGAGAUGGUUAAUGUUAAAUAUCACCACAACACCAGGAUAACCCCCUACUCCAAAAAAUUCUAAGGUAGCAUUCAUGUUCUCAGCAACACUUCAGUUUGUUAACUCCGUGUGACAAUGUAACAUUACUUUAGAAUUUCCGAAGUACCUAUCACAAGUUUUUUUUAAUGCUGAAGUGAGUCGUAAAGCCAUAACUUUCCUUGAAGCCAGUGUACUCUGAAUGAACUGUGGCCAAUAUCUACAGGCUUAGAAGGCUAUUUUGAGUAAAACCCCUACUUCGAAAUUCUAUCACAAUGCGGAAGAUAAUAUUUAGUGUUCUGAACUAAGCAGUGUGGCUGAACCUCAUUGGAGUAAAUAUUAGCCGCUCCAUAUGUGCUUUCUAUGGUGAGUUUAACAGUGCAAUUACUGAUCUAGAUUCUAAUUAUGUUUCAUGAAAAAUGCAGUUUAUUACAUAAUUCAAGCGUCUUGGAAUAUUGUAUUCCCAGUUAAAAAUGUUGCAUAAAUACAAAUAUGCCUUGCAGCAUGGUGGUUACAACAGUGGAAAAUUAAAAAUAUCAUUCUAAUUUGGACUAGAAUUACCACUAAAUUUACAUAUUUUGUCAGCAAUGCAUCAGUACAUGUUGCAGAGGGCUUAAUAUGAGUAAUUAUUAACAUUUUAUGCAAAAUAACAAGAGAAAAAGAGACUAAAAUUGUUUAAAUAUUGGCAUGAUCUGAAUGGAAAUUGUUGGGGGCAUUAGCUACAUAAUCUGUAAAUAUCUCUCUAAUCAGCAAGCAUAAAGCAUUGUCAACUUAGAGUCAUAGAGUGAUACAGUGUGGAAACAGGCAUUUUGGCCCAACCAGCCAACAUGUUCCAGCUACACUAGUCCCAACUGCCUGCACUUGGUUCAUAUCCCUCCAAACCUGUCCUAUCCAUGUACAUGUCUUGUUUCUUAAACGUUGGGAUAGUCCCAGCCUCAACUACCUCCUCUGGUAGCUUGUUCCAUACACCCACCAUCCUUUGUGUGAAAAAGUUACCCCUCAGAUUCCUAUUAAAUAUUUUCCCCAUCACCUUGAACCUAUGUCCUUUGGUCCUUGAUACCCCUACUCUGGGCAAGAGACUCUGUAAAUCUACCUGAACUAUUCCUCUCAUGAUUUUAUACACCUCGAUAAGAUUACCCCUCAUCCUCCUGCACUCCAAGGCAUAAAGACCCAGCCUCUCCCUAUAGCUCACACCCUCUAGUCCUGGCAACGUCCUCAUAAAUCUUCUCUGAACCCUUUCAAGCUUGGUAAUAACUUUCCUAUAACAUGGUGCCCAGAACUGAACACAAUAUUCUAAAUACGGUCUCACCAACGUCUUAUACAACUGCAACAUGACCUCCCAACUUCUGUACUCAAUACUCUGACUGAUGAAGGCCAAAGUGCCAAAAGUCUUUUUGACCACCUUAUCUACCUGCAACUGAAUCUUCAAGGAACCAUGCACCGGCACUCCUAGAUCCCUCUGCUCUACAACACUCCCCAGAGGCCUACCAUUUACUGUGUAGGUCCUUGUAGGCAUCUCAAAAUGCAACAUCUCACACUUCUCUGUAUUAAAUUCCAUCAACCUUUCCUCCAUCCACAUGGCCAAUCGCUUCAGAUCCUGCUGCAAUCUUUCACAACCACUAUCUGCAAAACCAUCCACUUUUGUAUCAUCAGCAAACUUGCUAAUCUUGCCCUGUAUGUUCUCAUCCAAAUCAUUGAUGUAAAUCUUGUAAAACAGUGUGGUAAUUUUGCAUUUUACAGAUAAAGGACAAACUUCACUUCCUAGCAAGAAAAGGUCUGCACAUACAGCAUGAUUUCAUGCAUUUAGCCAUGCAUCGUCAGGUUAAAGCAUUGAUACGUAAUUGAUUCCAUGUGGGAAGACCAUCACUACAAUGCUCCUUUCAUCUCUUGACCCAUAGUUCAUGAAUGAUGGAGCCUGAAGUGUAUAGCAGGACUGGCCACAAAUAAUAUUUGAAAUAGGGCCCAUUUAUCAGGAUUAUAGGGAUUGUAUGAUUUGCCUCAGAUGUAUUAUUACUUUUUUUAUUUCCAAUUUAUUUUAGCUGAAGAAUAUUGUGCCGUAUCACACAGUGAUUGCCAGUAAACUGAGAUGUUCAUAGCUGGUAUGAAAGAGGCACCUCUGUUAAAGAGUUCACACACAGACAUCUUCCGCUGCUCAGAAAAGUAGUGGAGACAAACAUCUUUGACUGGGGGAUUGACUAAAAAUAUGUGAGUUAAUGUGGAGGUUUCUAGCAAUUCUGUGAAUUGUAUGAACGAUUAUCAUUUGUAACAAUUUUGCUUAAUGCAGUCAACAGUUUAUAUAAUUACACUUCAAUGCAAAACUAAUUGCUUGCAGCAGUUGCUAAUGCCAUAUUAAUCAGCUAGUUAGUGGAUAAAUUCUGACAUGUUUGUUUCUCAUAUCAUACUGACUAUUGCUAAGUUAUUAGCCUCAUUAAAACAGUAUAAUUUAUACAAUCCAGAAUUCAUUGGAUGCUCCAACAUCUGCCUUUUGCUGCUGUGUAAUUUUCUUACCCUGUAAUAUCAUCAACGUGAAGUGGACUAUUAUGCCACUCUGUUCUGAGAUUUUGCAGGAAAUUGAAAUGUAGAUGACCAGCCUUCAAGCUGCACUUUGUUUGAAGCUCGAUGGCAACUGUAAUCGCCAUAUAUAACAACAAAGUACCCAGUGAAUUUUGAAUCUUGACCAUUUGAGGCGGCUCUUAUUCAGAGUGACAGUAUUUAUUCAAGGCUUGAGGGAAAGAUACAAGGAUCCUUGGGAAGCAUGAAUAACCUCAUAGAUCUUUAUUGAACAGUUACAGAAUUCAGAUUAUAACGGUAAGGAUCUCCUGUUACAGCGUGUUUAUGGCACUAAGGAAUAUCCACUGAACAUUGACGAGGACUUUUGUAUGCUAAAUUUCCAAAGGGAAACUUGGAAAACUUGUUUAUUCCCAAAACCUUUUUUUUAAACUACGAAUGAGUUUAAAAUAUGAGUGUGGAGUGGAGGUUGGCAGGUGGAGAGAAGAAGGGUUAAUGUUAGAGAGUGGGAGACAGUUGACCAAAACUUACUUUGAUGGAAUAAACUGCAUGAUCCUGUAUUUUUCCUGGGGUUUGUCUUCACAUUCAAAAUUUAAUAGGAACCUGUGGAGCAACAUUUUCGUUCAGAGGGUGGUGGGUAUAUGGAUUGAGGUGCCAUAGGAGGUAGUUGUGGCAGGUUCCAUAACAGCAUGUAAACGACAGUUGCACAGGUAUAUGGAGAGAGAAGGUGCAGUGGGAUAUGGGCUAAAUGUGGGUAAUUGGGACUAGUAUAGAUGGGGCAUCUUGGUCGACAUGGAUGUUGGGUCAAAGGGCUUGUUUCUGUGUUGUUUGAUCCUAUGACUCUAUUCCCAAAAUUUACAUAAUUUUGCUUUUUAAUAUCACACCUUCUUCCCUCACUCACCAUUGUACAUUAACGGUGGAUUAUUUUCUGUGGGGAAUCCUCCCACUUCAGCAUCACAAUGUCAUUGGAAGGUGUACUCACUCUGGAAGAUUGCUUGAACAAAAAUGCAGCAGAUGAAUAUGUGAAACAUUGCCUAUCAGGAUAGAAUUAAACUAGUCUGUCCAUUAAAAUAGCUCUGCCAUUUUAAUAAGCAAGGUUCUGCCAGUAGAACCAGAAUCUCAAUUAUGUGAGGUCUUUAAUCCACCAUGUACAUUACAAAUCACACUAGAUAGCAAAGGUGGGGUUCCCCUAAACUUUAGUCACUCAGUGCCUGAUGUACGAUUGUCAACUAAUUCACCAAGAAACAUGAGACAAACAUGGACAAUCUUUCCACCAGUUUCCUUUGCUCUUUCACUGCCUCUGUAUGGUCAGGCUGCUUAUCUGGUUUUCAAAUUUAAAAGAACUGCAUUUUAUUCUGUUAAACUUUGGGAAGGAUACAGACUUUAUCUCUGCCCCUUGCCAUAAACUAUAAUGACUGCCAAUACUUCCACUGCCCCCAUUCUUCCUCAACCAUUGACUUUGAAUCAUAUUUCCCCUCCAACACACUUCCAACUCUGUAUCACCACUUAACAUCUUACUCCCUCUUUAAGACUGAGCCAGAAGAAGGGUCUCGACCCGAAAUGUCACCCAUUCCGUCUCUCUAGAAAUGCUGCCUGUCCCGCUGAGUUACUCCAGCACUUUGUGUCUAUCUUCAGUUUAAACCAGCUUCUGCAGUUCCUUCCUACAAAAAAAUAGAUAGAUCUCUACAUUAUCUUGGUGGAUCUCCUCCGUUAUUGUAUUACUUGUCAUCUGUGCAUGUUUGCUGUGGCAAGCAAAGAGAGAGAAGACUUCAAGGCUAUACAACGACAGCAUGUCAAAGUGAAAAGGGAGGACAAAGCAAUGAAUAAUGAAGUGCAAAAAAAAAGUAGGAAAGGUCAAAGGAGAUAAUGAAUGUAAAGGAAAGGCAAAAGUUCAGAAGCAAGGCAUUAUUAUAUUCUCAAUUAUAAUACAAUAAUGACAAAUAUUUCAUGGCUCAUUCACCCUUCUCCAGAAAUUAGCGAAGAAAAUGCAACACUAAAUCUUCUGGUGCUUACCCUGACAAAAGGUAAUUUGAGUUACUUUACUGUGGCCAACACAUCUCAAAUAAUACAUAUACAUAAAUCAUUUAAUUUGUCCCUUAUGUAUUUUUUGCUUCCAAUACAUUUUCUUUUACAGGAAUAAUUGGGGCCUCUGGAAAUUCACUUAAAAUGUAAUACAACUGUAGACUAAGCUUAUUUCCGUUAAUAAGUAGUCUUGUACAUUUUGCACAAAAAGUUUGAAGCUAUGUCAUUCCAGACGAUUAAUAUGUCUUUUGUUUUGCAGAACAAUAAUAGCAGUAAUUUAGAGGUAGAGGACCAGAAUAGUUCAAGGAUAUUGUCCCAUGAUUGGAACUAAAUUAAAACCAUUGUCUGCUUCAACCUCUAUAAUUGCUUUAUCAUAUGUAUAUUCUUUCUUCCAAUAAAAAUUAAACUACAGAUGGAACCCAGUAAUUAAAUAAUCAAUCUUGAUAUUUUUGUAACAAAAUACAGAAUAGAACAAAGUAAUUGAUUUGGUGUUGAAUAAAUGAAAACUUGAAUGCUCCCCAAAAGACUCAGUGAAGUUGGCAUAGCAGCAGGCUAUAAAUGGCACUGCAGGGAAGCUGGGCUCUGCCCCCUUGCUUGUAAUAAACCAGGUUGAACAGAAAGGUCUCUGCUCCCUGCUCACUUGGCUGAUGUCAAUUUGAGUGGUGAUUGGAGUGAUGCAAACCAAAACAUUAGAGUGACACCACUUAAAAUGCCACUACAUCCAUCUUUGCAAGGAGACAGUCUAGAUUCAUAGACAGAGCACAAAUCAAUACCUUUAGAAGAAAUGGGGAGAUGUGCAGUGGAACAGAAAAUAAGUAUAUUCUCAAUUUUAAUACCAGUUCAAGGAGGGCAAAGCUCCUUGCACAUUAGACUGAAAGUACUGAAAGUGAGUCCAAAAUUAGAAUUUUUUGUUCUAUUGAUUCACCAACUUUUAUUAAAGUUAUCUUCCCCAAGAACCAAAUGCAUCUUUGAGCAGUUUCAUUUGAUGGUGAACCAGGCAUUCUUUUUAAUGGUCAGAUAGCUAAAUAUAUUUAUUUCACUAAGAGAAUCAUUACAUUGGUUAUGAUGAUAAUUCAUAAAUGCGUCAUCACAUAAAUUGCUACACUGAGAAUUUGAGAAUGUGUGACAUAGAGGAUCUAUUAUUUGAGAUUCUGUGAACUCACAGUUUUAAGGGAUACAACAAGUGCAGUUCAAAUAUAGAAUGUGGAGGGCCUGUGUGGAUUCAGCAUGUAUAUAUUACUUUGCAGCAUGACUUAGUAAAAUGUGCAAAAUAUUAAAAACUCUAAUAAAAAGUGAUAUUCUGCCAUUGUUAGAGGUUGCCCAGAGACCACUAAAAUGUGGACAGUGAGCUCUGCUCACAGGAACAGUGAACUGCUUUAAAAGCUCAAAUGUUGGGUUUGAAAGUGAAGUAUAAUUUGUCACUUUGUGUAUCUAUCUGGCAUGCCGUAAUGUAUUUAUUUGUGAUAAGUUUUCUGAGCAAUACAGAGCUCUCGUGAUAUGUAGUGAUUCCUGUUGAUAUAAAUGAGCAAUGCAACGGUGAAGCUGAAUUUCUAAAGUGGAGCAUAACCUCAAAUACAUUGGUUUCAGAGGGUUGCCUCAUGCUACCAACUAUGAGUGGCUACCCUUUUUGCUCCAUGUUAUCAUGGUCACAAAAUUGGAAAUGUUUUGUUAAAGGUUAAAAUUGUAGGAAUUUCACCUUAUCGCCAUCUUCUUCAGGAGACUUGGAAAUGGGCAAUAGGUAUUGGCCACAUCAAUGAAUCCCACAUCCUAAGAAUGUAUUUUUAAAGAUUUAAAUUCCAACAAAACUUUCAUAUUUGCAAACAUUAUUGAUUCUGAAGAGCUAUUUUGGGGGUGGUAAUUUCCGUUGCCAAAGACACCUACCUUAUAAAAUAGGGAAAUGUUUGAAAGGAGCAGCUAACUUUAGUUGUUUCAAAUUGGAAUAUUGUGUAUUCAUUGCCCCAAAGGGAAAUGUGGAAGUUCGGUGCCUUCAUAGACAUAAUAGUACUUGUCUUUCUAAAAUCGGUCAGAAUCUAGGUCACAUAUGAGUUAUUUGAAAGACACUGCCUCUGUUUUUCCUGUUUUUUUUAAUGUUAGAAAGGCUAACAUCAUUGUGUUGGCAUAUUAUUCAGCACUUUCAUUUGACCUCCAGAACUAGGUUUGAUUCAUUAUCCAAAAAAACCCAGCUUUAUUUCUGUGCUUUAGAAGUUGGUGUGUAUGAUAAAGCAUACACACCAAAAUCCUAUACUUCCAGCGGCAGAGGCCCGCAGGAACUGGAGGACAGAGAUGUGUGGUGCGUCCGUCACUGUUCCCAUUGGAAACCAACAGCACUGCGUCGCUAAUGUUUUCAACGAUGAUGAAUGAAUUAAUGAAUCUGUGGGAAUAAUACAUUCUGUUCUCAGAGAAAUCAAAUAAUGUUCAGUCCAGAGGUAGAACUCAUAACAUCGUAGAAGCAAUUUUAAUAUUAAAAUAUAUUAUUAUUAUUACUUUCUGUCGUCUUAACAUUUAUUCUUACUGAAAUUGUAAGUUCCUGAGCCAAGAAAUAUUUGCAAAUGCUGUAACUAAGCAUUGUUAUCAUAAAUGUUAAUUUCAAAUUGUUUUAUACAGCUAUAUAAAAAACUAAUAAAAGUAUGAUAUGUUU